AUGGGUGUACGUGGUUUCAAGAUUGACCGUGGUGAGGAAAGCGAGAUACCGUAUGCCGAGCAGAACCGGCAACAUAACCUCUUCCUGGCUCUGUGUGACGAGGUGCAGGACCAAGAAACCCUCAUCAGGCUCUGCCAUGGGGUUACUGCUGCUGGCCACAUGGAAAGAGGAUGGGCGGUGUACUACCUCUCCAUCGUCUCUGCGCCCAAGGAACCUGCAUUAUCGCUGUCAAUCCUGCACGACAAGCCCAUUGACGAAAACAUGUACAACUUCGCUUUUUGA